AUGGCCAACGUCGUAGAUAUCCCUAAGGUGAAAAUCGCAGACGGCGUUUCCAUACCAAUCCUGGGUUUUGGAACCGGUACUGCUUGGUACAAGAAAGGUGAUGAUACCAGUAUAGAUCGCGAGCUUGUCGAGACAAUCAAAACUGCCAUCAAGCUGGGCUACCACCAUUUGGAUACUGCAGAAGCUUACGGCACAGAGACCGAGUUGGGUCUCGCGAUCAAGGAAAGCGGCGUUGCAAGGGAAAAACUCUUUGUGACAACCAAGGUUUCCAAAAGUAUAACCGAUAUCCCUAAUGCCAUUGACAGAAGCUUGAAGAAGCUUCAGCUCAGCUUUGUCGAUCUAUAUUUGAUCCAUUCACCGUUUUUCGCGAAAUCCGACAAGGAUCUCCAAGAAGCGUGGGCUGCCCUAGAGAAGGUGAAAGAAUCUGGAAAAGCAAGGGCAAUUGGAGUGUCAAAUUAUACCCAGCCUCAACUUGAGGCUACGCUGAAGAUAGCCAAGUACCCCCCUGUCAUCAACCAGAUCGAAUUUCACCCAUACCUCCAACAUGGUAACCUCGUGCCAUUUCAGCAAGAGAAAGGAAUAGCGACGGCCAGUUACGGACCUCUCACGCCGGUAUCUCGAGCAAAAGGGGGACCAUUGGAUGGUAUACUGUCAGAACUGGCUGCGAAGUACGGUGUCAGCGAGGGCGAGAUUGCCAUUCGAUGGGCAAUCGACCGAGGUGCCAUCACGAUUACAACCAGUAGCAAGGAAUCUCGACUCAGUGACUACCUCCGUGCACUCACAUUCAAACUGACGCCACAAGAGGUCAACGAGAUUUCCGAGAUAGGCCUUCAGAAGCAUUUCAGGGCCUUCUGGAAUAACAAAUAUGCACCAGAUGAUCGGACGUGA